UAACAGCAUUGCACCACUUUUGGAUGCUUCGUGUGUGUGGGAUUGGGGGUUGUUCAGUGUGUGUGGGCUGUUUUUGACUUUAUAGGGUGCCUUUGUGGUGAACUGCCGCUUGUUAUGUCUAGGCGAUCACAAACAGCACGGCACGACGGGGGGAAUCUCAGCUGCGUUCGAAAAAGUUGCGCGGCUGCGUGUGCGUUUGGCAGGAAACUCCCCCACCCAGCGCGACCGGCUACUUGUUUAGACAGUGGCGAGCAUGCAAUUGGUUAACUGUUGAACCUGAGAGUACUUCUCCUUUUUUAAACCCCCCUCUUGGGUCUCACUUCCCUUCUGUUUGUUUUAUGCGCGUACCAGCGUGUGCAGGUUUUUUUUUUUUUCCCUCUUACGACAGAGCCGCGCUCUCCACUCCCCCUGCAUGUAAAUUACGUGUGACAUGUUUAACUGCUGUUUCCUAAUAUGGCUCGUGCUAGAUUUCAGAGCAGUAGGACCCAGCCAGGCACCCUGGGACUGCACAGGGGCGUGUGUGCGAGAGCGUAACUGUCUGCGAGAGGGAAAAGAGAGGGGAGAGAGAUGUUGACGCAGGUUUUCACUUCUGUCUGAGUGCGUCACUCUUCCGUGCAGUCAUGUGGGUACUGAGUAUUGUGCCCUCUCUUGCAUCUGCCGCUGCUUGGACCUGCUUAUAGUACCAGCCUCAGCUUUCCUGCCUGCUUGCUGCCCACAUCAGUGAAAGGACUGCCCGCACAACCCCACAAUCCCCGUGACCCCGAACGACCCCUAAACAAACACACAGAGCUGAAGUGGGCACUAUUGAAUCAGCCAAUCAGAUUCAAGGAUUUUUGCUUUGGGAUCCAUUACUGCAGUUCUCUUUUUCCUAGCAGCAACAUUUUUUUUGUCCUUUUUGCUUUGGCCUGGUGCGCAUCCACAAGGAAAGAGGAGCUUAAUGAUCUAAGAAGGAGAGGAACAUUCUUAAAAGGACAAACACAAGCACACCCAAAGCACUUUGGGAUAUUAAGGAAUUGAAGUUUGCUUGCCGCUAAAGCGUGUUGAGAUGGCGAUGAAUAUGGCUCACAUGCGGGACACGAAAUGGCUGACGCUGGAGGUGUGUCGGGAGUUUCAGCGGGGAACGUGCGCUCGCUCCGAUGCUGAGUGCAAGUUUGCGCAUCCUGCCAAGAGCUGCCAGGUGGAGAACGGGAGAGUCAUCGCGUGCUUUGACUCACUGAAGGGUCGUUGUUCCAGAGAGAACUGUAAGUACCUGCACCCUCCUCCUCACCUGAAGACGCAGCUGGAGAUUAAUGGCCGUAACAAUCUGAUCCAGCAGAAGAACAUGGCAAUGCUCGCCCAGCAGAUGCAGCUAGCCAAUGCCAUCAUGCCAGGAAGUCAGCUUCAGCCAAUGCCUAUGUUUUCGGUCACGCCAGGCCUCGCAACCAACGCCAGUGCAGCUGCUGCAGCAGCCGCCGCGGCCGCGUUUAAUCCGUACCUGGGCCCAGUGUCUCCUGGGCUGAUGUCCGCAGAGAUCCUGCCCAGUGCACCUGUGCUGAUGACGGGCGGCCAUGCUGUGGCAUCCAUGCCGUCCGCUGCCAACGCCGCAGCUGCUGCUGCUUCAGCAGCGGCCGCCCAGAAACUCCUCAGAACAGACCGACUGGAGGUGUGUCGUGAAUACCAGCGUGGCAACUGCUCUCGUGGAGAGACGGACUGCAGGUUUGCCCACCCUGCCGACAGCACAAUGAUCGACCCCAGUGAUAACACAGUGACGGUGUGUAUGGAUUACAUAAAGGGCCGCUGCUCCAGAGACAAGUGCAAAUACUUCCACCCUCCUGCACACCUGCAGGCCAAGAUCAAAGCGGCCCAGCACCAGGUCAAUCAGGCUACGGCCGCCGCUGCCAUGACUCAGUCGGCUGUCAAAUCACUGAAGCGACCCCUCGAAGCCACCUUUGACCUGGGAAUUCCUCACAGUGUCAUGCAACCUUUACCAAAGCGACCUGCGCUUGAGAAAGCCAACGGUGCCACGAGCAUGUUCAGUACUGGCAUGCUCCAGUACCAGCAGGCUUUGGCCAACAUGCAGUUUCAGCAGCAAGCUGCCUUUAUUCCGUCAGGCUCAAUAUUGUGCAUGACCCCUGCAGCAAGCGUGGUUCCCAUGAUGCACGGCGCUUCCCCGGCCGCUGUGUCCGCAGCAACCACAUCUGCCACAAGUGUUCCCUUCGCAUCUGCAUCAGCCAAUCAGGACUCUUCUCUAUCAAAGCUGACUACCAACGAAUACAUGCAAUUGAUUCCAAUAAUAUCUGCAGAGCAUCUGACUAGUCACAAGUACUUGACGCAGAUGUAGUUCCAGUCCACAACAAUCAAAGGAAUGUGCUGUUGCUCUGGACAAAAGGCAAACAAACAAAAUUCAAAAAUUUUACGUCAAGAUCACCGCCGGAUAGAAUAUAGUAUGAAGAUUAGAAUUUGGUCAUACAUGAUGGUAGGGUUUUACUGAGGUGAAACUGAAUGUCCUUCCACAUGAUGUGUAGAAUUUGAGUGAACUGCAUCAUUAUGUCAGACAGGACGGCAUUUUUACUCUCAAGCCGGAUUAGUAGGAAAAGUGAUUUUCAUGUCUGGCUCGACACCGUUUUGGCAUGUUAGUAGACCAAGAGAUAUUUUUUGUGAUUCACACCUUGAUUUUCUUUCCUCGAAAUUUGUCUGAAGGUUUACAAAGUUACAAAAAGUGCACCUUGAAUUGAAAAGUGAAUCGAACAUCGUCGAUAUGGCACAAAACAUCCAGCAAAAUAAUUCAAUGUAUGUAUCUUUAGUUCUGGCUUCUAGUCAAACUAGAUUGUAAGCGCAGAGUCGAGAUGGACGGAUGAAUGUUUUGGGUGGAAACCGAUCACCUGAGACCUUUCAAAAGCACAUUCUUGCAAGCUUUAUGUACCAUAACCACCGGCUGAAUACCAGACACCGAUCUAGAGUGUUAUAUCAACAGUGUUAUUAUGUUUACCAGAGAUUAAUGUUUUUUACAGCGCUUGUUUUUAUACAUAAUUUCACAAGUGUGUGGGUUUUUUAUGAAACGUGCCAUUUUUAUUUGUCGAUCAUCCAUUAGGCCUUGUAGAACUAUGAAGCCUUUUUGACUCCUACGAGAACAGGGUUGCCUUGUUCCUAAUGCCCUGUUUCUUUAUAUUGCCUUGAUCGAGAGAAUGUCGCGUUAGAAGGUAUUCGAGAGUCACGUUAGGAGAACGUCAAGGUAGCGUAGGUUCGGCAGUCACGCUUGGAAACGAGCGACUGCGUUCCAGUCUUCGCCGUAACGGUGCGAGGACUCUAAAAUGCUGGAAAAGCACUGCUUGAGUAUUUGGUUACAGAUUGUGAGUUCGAGACUAGGUACACGGAAAGAAGAAGAGGUUAGUGUUGGGUCAGGGUUUGUCUUCAGUUCUCAUCUGUGUUGAUUUUGAGUUGUUUUCGAUUAUAUUUCGCGACCGCUGGAUGACGUAAAAGAGGAACGGAGAAUAUACAUUUUUAACAUUAAGUUGUGCCAAAGUCUUUUUUCCUCUUUUUAUGUUUUUAUUUAAAUGUGUUUUGACUGGGUAUACUGAUCACGGAAGGUGAAUAAUUUGUAUAGCUUCGUUUUACGUGCAAGGCUGCUUGUAAACCAGGAAACAGACGUUCACAUCAAGGUACCCAAGGGUACAACUCGCGAGGGUUUUAGCAUCACAACCAGACUCAAGAUGAAAUGAAUGAAUCCGAGUUCACUUGAGUCUGCAUUUCAGCCUGGUUUAGGUGCACAGACUUGAAAGGAUGCACGCCAUUGUCGUUUCCUCACUAAAGCCUUAUAUUUCAGUGUUUGAACCCACGCAAACAUUCUCUCAAUCACAAACGGGAAAUUACAGCGGAUGAGAUUUUAUUCUUCACACUUAUUUUACGUGCAUAUUAAUCAUGUUACACUUAAUGUUCACUCUGUUUCAAAGCCUUUGUUAGAAAUAUAUUGUGUUGUUAGCAUAUAAAGGUUUUUUUUUUUUGUAUUCGACAAUAUUGUCAUAGAACUGUUUUAGAAUGUAGGAAAUGAAAUAUUGUUUUUCUUACUGUCACUUUCUUUUACAUCACGUUAAGUUCAUAAUGUUUAGCGAGUAGUGUUGUAUUCUUAAUUCUUCAUGUUAGUUUUCAUGGUAGAAUGUUUGAAAUUUCAAGGAUUUUGGUUUUGAUUUUGUUGAACAAAAUGUUUUAUCUUGUCUUAAAAUAGAGUGAAAACGACAGAAAGAGAGUUUAUUUGUAGCUAUGGUAAGGUUGAUAUUUUAACCCUUUAUUUUGUGUCGAAUCAAGACCACGUCUACAUUUAGCUGGUUAAAGUAUCAAUUGUACAUGCUAGAGAAAAAGAAGUUAUUUUCUACUGUAUGCAUUUCAGAAUUUAAAAAAAAUCGUCUUGUAAUAUUUCAAAAAAAAAAAAAAAAAAAAAACAUCCCUCAACGUCAGGCCAAAAUGAGCAGCAACUUGUCUCCAGAGAUUUCUGAAUAUUUAAAGAUGUAAAACAAAGGAGGGAGGUCACAGGGUCGAGGGUCGGGCCUCGAGCUGCAAACGAGAGAGAGAGCCAUAACUUAAGGGACGAAGGUUGACUUUUUGCACUUCUGUACAUAGUCAAUAUAAAGAAAAGAAAAGGAACAUGUAUAAUAUUGAGAUCUUAUUUUGAAUAAUAAAAGAUUCUAUAACUAUGAGAAAUUUUCUUAGGAUAAUUUAAGAAUUAGAGUAAUAGUCCAGCUAACAAAUGAUGCUUGCAGAAAUAUGGCACAGCUCUUUUAUUAUCAUUUCCGCCCAUCACAUUCAGAAAAAAAGAAAGAAAUAAAAAUAAAGCUCCGCGUUGCCUGCAUACAGUACCGACACGUACCGAGAGUCUCAAAAAUUGGCAGUACACUCCGCCUCGUCAUGAUUUCCACUGUGGGGAAUUGGUUUUGUUUACAAAUAGAUACUUCACCUUCAAAAACACAGUAUUUGUCAUAUGAUGGACAUAAAUAACUGCAUGAAGAAGAAAAAUUAACAGAGUAAAAUUUUCAUAAUAGAUAAGUACGUAGAUAAGUUAAUUUCUCACAGUACCGUAACUAUCAUUGCCACAGCAUAGUGUAAAUCAAGUAUCUCGAUCGAUAUCUGAGCCUGAAUUGAGGCACGUUCACCAAUAAUCCAUCUGAGUAUAACCGUAAGAACAGUACAGUUAUUAAUAAAAAGGCCUUCAAACCGACUCUAGAUGCUAGCAAAAGACGUCCACUUAACACACGACAACAGAAAAAUCGCUUUGUUACUUGGUAAUGUGCCUUCAGCAGGAAAAGGACACCAACCACACACACAAAAAAACAAACAAAAUGAAUGUAACUGUCAAAUCCUCCGCUGAGGUCAGCGUUUUACUCAUUUGAGGUUGCUGCACAAGAGCUAUUAAACCAAAGCAUCACUUUCCUUCACUAAACGCAAUGCCUAAAAGCUGGUCGGCCGUUGCAGACGGCGAAACCACAGGUGGUCCUGCCUGCUGAAAGCACUUGCUUGGAUGCUUAACGCCCUCCAUGGAAUCUUACACCUGCCCUUUGCUUAUAGUUGCUGUAAGAUAUUGUGCUGCAUUCUAAAAGACUUGUUUUAUGCACAUUUAUUAUUGUUAGAAUUGACUCUUACUGUUAUGAGUAAAAAAAAAAUCUUAAUAAAACAAAAUGGAUUUGCUCAAA